GGACGGUGUGGAACGGCGAACGCAAUGCUGGUGGUGGAGCAACGAACGUACGCCAGUGCUCUUUCAUUCCCACUGCCGUUACGCUGAGCUGACUUCGAGGAACAGACACGCACAAGAGAAAAAGAAAGGACAACUGACACAGCCACGCAUUGGCGUGGCUACGCGAUACACACACACACACACACACACACACACCAACAAGCAACAACAAAGCCCUCUUUUCUUGUUUUACUUAACAGCACUCGCACAUAACGAAGAAAGUUAUACGAGAAGCUCUCAUAAGGUAAAGCACAAAACUUGCGAAACAUCAAAAGGAAGCAUUUAAGGAUUUUCUAAUAUAUAGGAAAACAACAACACGAAGUAUUAACUCUCCGCGCUGUGCGAGUGAAUGGGUCUGUGUGUUGGUGUGGAUGUGUCUGCGUUCUUUGUGCCUGUUUUGCUUCGUUAAGAGAGAAAGAUGGGAAAAAAAAAGUAGUUUCACAUUCACGCAGCAGUCGAGCAGGGCAUUAUUAUAUAUAUAUAUAUAUCAUAUAUCUCUAUUUCAUUCGUUUUUACUUCGUGCGAGCGUCUUCUCCUUGCGAGAAAGCGUCGGCCAUGAGAGCUGAGACGACGAGUACGGAGAGCGACACCGCACCCGCAGAGACACGCACACACAUACAUACGCACAUCAAAGAAGAGAGCAAGCCUUUUUUUCCCCCUUCUUGUUAAAAAAAGGAAAGGUUAAAAGCUGCUGCACUCUAGCUCUUUUACGUGAAAUGAAAAUGUCUUAACCCCAAUGACGAAGCGAUUGAGAGCAGUUGCGAAGGAAGGAGAAAUUAAAGAAAAAGCCCUGCUCAGGCGUGUUGAUGCGCUGGCCAUCUUUUUCUCGUAUCUUUUCUUUAUAAUAGCUCUCAAGCUGUUUAAAGGAAGACUACGAUCGUUGUGGAUGACAAGCUCAGAAGGUCGGCAGAGGUGCAGUGCCAUGCCUUCUCUUUCUUUUUCUUUCUUUCAAAGAAGAGACGCGCAACCCUCUCGCAGUAGAGUUUUUGAAAGAGACGUGAUAAUCAUCACCAUCUCUCCUGUGUUGACAACGCAAAUCACCUAAGCUCCACUGUCGGCGUUUGAGAAGCAGCGUCGUUCGCCACGUGCCCCCCUCUCUCCCCUCUAAAAGGACUCUCCUACAGAUUUUUCCCCUCCUCCUUUUUCAAAAACCGUUUCACACAUCAAUGCAAAUUAACGGAACCCAGGAGGCAGAGAGGAGAAAAAGAACGACCUUCCUGAAGCAAACCUUCGGCCACCACCGAAAUCGAAGCGUCUGCUGUCUUUAGUUACUCCAUUUUUAAACUUAACCUAUUAUUAUUAUUAUUGGCUGUCGUUGCUGCCCCCCAGCACUUUCAACGAGCCAUCUCCGUCGAAGGGAACCACAAAGACCGAUAAAUCGUAAUAACUCCGUCUUUACCGUACGCUUCGCCUUUUUCCCUUCUGCCUUCUACACAAUGUUCGCGAACCACUGGAUUGUGGCGGACAUGGAUGGCACGCUGACGCCUACCCCUUCGCGAGCCCAUGGCAAGUAUCUUUCUCUGUCCUACUGCGUGGCCACCGGUCUCGGGUACGGCGCAGGCUAUCGCAGCUGCCUGCCGUGGUUGCGCUUCUUUAUCGAGCGCGGCGGCUCGCUCUGCGUGGUGUCCACCGCGGGGAAGCGGAUGUGGACGCAGAUCUACCAAGACCUCGCCCCUGCAGUGUUCGGCUUCGGCACGAUUGAUGAUGCUGGGCGAUGCAGCCGUGUGCUGGAGGCCUCUUCUGCCGCUUCAGCGAGCGAUGCUCACCCCCACGCAGUAGCAGCGACGACGACCGCCGCGACGACUCCUGGCACUCUGUACAUGUGCGGCUUCACCGGCGCUGCCAUGUUCCGCACCCGCCCUUGCCAUGCCGUAUGGGAAGACAUGGAUCGCCUUCACCCCGGCUGGCGCACGCCCUCCUCGACCACCGCAGCCGACGCCGCAGAUCGCACCACCAUUCCUCCAGCAGCGGUGGGCCUCGAGGAAUGGGCGGAGUACAGACAGCAGGCGGUUGAGUACGCCCAGGCAAGCGGAGCCGCCGCUGCUGCUGCUGCUAUCCCUCCCUCCCCUGCACUUCCCGCGUCUCCCUCUUCUCCAUUUUCUUCCCCCUUGUUGUCCUCCACGACGACGAUGGACGCAGCCACGCACGCGCUAGCCGCCGCCGAAGCCCGCAACGCCAUCAUUCGCUUCCUCGAGCACGCCUCGUACGUCUCCCGCCAUAACGUGAUGUCCGCGGCUGCCUUCUUCGCCGGGUGCCUCAGUACGAAGUACCACACCGUAUUUCCAGCGCUGCUGCAACAGCUUUUGAGCGAAGUGCCGCCCUCGCUGCUGUCGUUUGCGGAGAGAGGCGAGCCGGUGCCACGUAUCUGCUUUGCCGAAUCGCCGCUGCUCAGCCUGCAGGCGCUGACAACGGACGGGCUCUACUUAAAGGAAACGAACGAUGCGCUGGUGGAUGUGCAGCAGGUGCCGUGUGCGGACGGCACAGUGAAAAAUAGGUCCCCCGUCGCACAGGUCGUGGCGAUGGGCAUCCCCGCCCGGUUCUUUGACUGUGUCUUUCCCUCAUCGUCGCCUUCCUCUUCUGCUGCUGCUGCGACAACGACGGCGAGCGCGUCCCCGCAGUGGCAGUGCUGUGCCAAGUGCGCAGCCGUCGGCGCAGGCGCGAUGGUACGCGUCGAGGCUGCCGGAUUGGAGCUGAAGUCGCAGCCUAACAGCGUGUGCAUGUUCCGCCGCGGCGUCGACAAAGGCCUCUGUGUGCGGUGGCUCGUCGCCGAAGAUAAUAAAAGGAGGAAAGAGGGAUCAAAUGGGGUAUCGUUCGAUUUGACGAAGGCCGUGGCGUUCGGCGACGUGCCGGAGUCGGUGGACCGUCCGCUGACGGAGUACCCGCCGAUGCAAUACAUCUCUCUCUCGCCGAAGGAUUGCGCGGAAGAAAGGCUGGCGGCGAUGCAGGCGACACCUCCGGCUCAGGAUGCCUCUCCAUACAUGUACCACGUCGGCGGGGAAGAGGAGGGCACCGCGCUGUUUCUGGAGGAGUUGCUGACGAGUUGUGUGAAGGAUGCCGACAAGGGGAAGAACGGGGAGCCGCGUGAGACGACGUGGUUUACGCCGGAGCGCGUCGCCGCCUGUGCGGGCCGUGCGCAGACGGCGGUGAAGGCGAUGGUGGCCGAGCGCCGCGGUGCCCCGGCAACGGGAGAUCCGUCACGGUCAACUCUCUAA